GGUGAUGGACCAGUGAAAGUUACUGGAAGAAUCAGUGGCCUGACUGACGGAGAUCAUGGCUUCCAUGUCCAUGAAUUUGGGGACAAUACAAAUGGGUGUACCAGUGCAGGUUCUCACUUCAAUCCUGAAGGCAAGCAGCAUGGUGGACCAAAUGAUGCAGAAAGGCACGUGGGAGACCUUGGCAAUGUGACUGCUAAAGGAGGAGUGGCAGAAGUGGAAAUACAAGAUUGCGUCAUUUCUCUUAGCGGACCACACAACAUCAUUGGACGUACCAUGGUGGUCCAUGAAAAACGUGAUGACCUGGGUAGAGGGGGAGAUAAUGAGAGCAAAUUAACUGGAAAUGCUGGACCUCGUUUAGCUUGUGGUGUAAUUGGAAUAGCGAAGAACUAAGUAUUGUACCCAAAAUGCUUAAGAUGACAGUGAUAAAUGGGCUGUAUUUCAUUGCAAAUGCUGUACCUGCCCUUCCUUGUGCAAACAAAAGAUUUAUCACUUAAUCUUAUUACUACUCUGCAUUCUGAGUAUCACUUAAACUGACUUAAGGCUGACUUAAUUUUGUAUGAUGUGUAUUGCAAUUAAAGUGACCCUGAUGGAA